CCCGUUCUUCGUUUUCUUAGGACUAUCGUUUCUUUGAUGGCAAUAAACGAUAGCCUUGUGAAAACUCUUGCAUUUCUAUCACUUGUCUUAGGGAGCUCAAACAUGUGAAAUAAGUGUUCAUUAUGAACUACAAAUAGACAAAAAAUAGACGUUGUAACGAGAAAAUGUUCCAAUCCAUAGACUUAAAGAAAAACUCAGGACUUCCAAUACAAACUUUUAACCCCUAUUACACCCCAUUUUGAUUUUAUUUUCUCAUUAAAAAGUAUCAUACGACCUUUUCCUAUAGUCUCAAAUCGUGCCAAGUUAAAUUUGAAUUUAUUCACAAAAGCACAGACAGACAUACAGAUAUGCAAAAAAAUAUAAAUAUACCUACAUUUAUAUUUUUUUUGUGUUGUGUAGCUUUGACACAAUGGCUCACCUUGGGAUAUAUGAGGGUCAACUCUAUCCGCAGUGAUAGUCGAAGAACCGACCGACAGCUGUCGUGCUUCAACACUGUUAUGCGUCAUAAGAUGUUUUUAGUACCAGGCUCGUCUCUUGUAAAUUUUCCUGCACGUAGGGCAUCUAAAAUCUGAGUUCACGCCAGAAUCGUCGUGGGUAUCAAUCGGUGGACAGAUCUUCCGCUCCCCCCUCUCUGACUGUCCCAGGGCUAUUAUUCAUUAUUGAUUGAGGAGCUUUUGAGUUCUGGGGCACGGCUUGCUAGGCCAAUGGCCAAUGGCCAAUGUAUGCAAUUUUUUCUUGCCGUAAAACCAUCCUAGAACUUCAACGAACAUUUAUAAAAAAGAAUUGGCCAAAUUGGUCCAGGCGUUGUUGAGUUAUGCACUAACCUACGCAUUUUGCGAUUCAUUUUUUUUAUAUUAUAGGUAUAUAGAUGGGACUAAGAACCUGCAAUACAUACCUCAUUUUAUUAAGGCUUUAUUUACUUCUACCAUAGGUAAGUAUGUCCACCCAACUAUGGAGUUUAGAAUGUGGUGGCUUUAAUAAAAUUUAUGUUUGGAAGACACCCUUAACCGUCUAAGUAUAAAGCAUAGUUUUAAAAUAUUUUCCUUGGCAUAAUUUGGCCUGCCGACUGGAAAAAGUCUUUGGUUCUCCCUCUCCACAAAAAAGGCUCUACGAGGAAAUGUGGGAACUAUCGUACGGUAGCGCUUAUAUCUCAUGCUAGCAAGAUAAUGCUCUGUGUAGUUAACAGUAGACUCCAGUCCUUUUUACAAUGGCAAAUACCAAAUGAACAAGCCGGAUUUGUCAAAGGGCGGGGCACAAGGGAACAGAUUGUCAACGUUAGGCAAAUAAUAGAGAAGAGCCGAGAAUUCAAUGUUUCCGUUUUCUUGUGCUUUAUUGAUUACUCCAAGGCAUUUGAUUGUGUGAGAUGGGAUUGCCUGUGGAAUAUACUACAGGAAAUGGGCGUUCCUCAACACCUCAUUAAGUUGAUCGCGAACCUAUACAGCGAAGGCAAGUCCAUGGUGCGAAUCAAUGACAUAAUCUCUGGGCCUUUUAAGCCACGAAAGGGCGUAAGACAAGGAUGUAUUCUGUCUCCCAUUCUAUUUAAUAUCUACGGGGAAUACAUCAUGCGAAAGACCCUGGAAGCGUGGGAGGGAGGUAUUUCCAUUGGGGGUGUCAUGAUUAGCAACCUACGGUACGCCGAUGACACCACGCUUUUUGCGGCAUCUGAACAGGAACUUGCUCGCCUGUUUCGCAGACUAGAGGCAGAGAGUGAGUUAGUCGGACUUAGCAUUAAUAAGUCAAAGACAAAAGUCAUGCUAAUCGACAGAACGCGGAAAGUAGCGAGAACCGGAGAGCUCUCAGACCUGGAGUUUGUUAGUGAGUUUGUCUACCUUGGGUCAUUACUGUCAUACAAGGGAGGAAGUCAGCAGGAUAUUAGAAGACGCAUCCAAAUCUCCAAAAAAUGCCAUGACCAAACUAGUGAGAAUUUGGCAAAGCAGAAGGGUCUCCAAUAACACCGAGAAGAGACUCGUUAGGACUUUAGUCUUCUCAAUUUUCCUUUAUGGCGCCGAAGCCUGGACGAUAAGGGCCACAGACAGAAAGAAGAUAGAUGCCUUUGAGAUGUGGUGUUGGAGACGGAUGCUUCGUAUACCGUGGACCGCUAGAAGAACAAACAUCUCGAUACUGAAACAGCUUCGCAUUUUCACUAGACUUUCAACUGUAUGUUAUCAGAGGAUCUUGAGUUACUUUGGCCAUAUAGCCCGUCGCCUUCCCGAUAACCUGGAUAAAGUAAUAGUGGUGGGCAAGGUGCAAGGGAGACGACCACGCGGCCGAUCACCUACCCGCUGGUCUGACCAGGUUAAGUCACUCACUGGACUCCCUGUAACAGCAGCCAUUAGAAAAGCUGAGGACCGGACUGUGUGGAGGGGAAUAGUUAACAACGCAUCGAAGGGACUGCAGUGCGGACACGACCUUCAGCAAUGAAGAAUGCGACCAAGAAGAGAAUUAUGAGAAAUUAUAUCCUUUGUUCUCUAUUACUAAGCUUUGUACAUCAAAACUACUAUUAAAGAUCAAGCUUAGGUUUCUUCUUCUUUUCUAGUAAGGGUCUAGUCUAGAGAGUAAAUAUUGGUAUUCUAUGGGUUUUUUGGUGGGGGUACCGGAACCACAGUGUGGCAGAGAGAAAAACUGUGUGCCCAGGACUUGUAGCCAAUGGGUGUAGUAAUAAAAUAAAUUAGCGUUUUUAUUCUGUACGAGCUAUCUACAUUAAAUAUAAUAUAAUAUCCUGCAAUUUGGUGUGUUGCCUGUCAUAAGCCUCCUCUAACCCCUUUCUCUGCACCCUGUUGGCAGUGAAUCUGGUCCAGUAUGGCCCAAGAGAUUUGCAAAAGUUGUCUUCCCAUCUUGUUUGGUGACCCAUGUUGUCUGCUCCUGGGGUACCAGAGUAUUAGCUGUUUUCUCCAUUUAUCUAUCUUGCAACAUAGACCUAUCUAAUGCCAUUUCAAGUAGUAAGUUUGUGUAAAAUAAAUAUAUCUAUGGUCAUCAUAACUUUGGUUUUGUUCCUCACAACACUAGUUUUUCUCUAAGGUUUUAUGUAAGGCACCAAGUCUCACUUCCAUAUGUGAUACAUAGAAGGAUUAUCGUCAUUCAUCAUUAUCAACCCAUAUUUGGCUCACUGCUGAGCUUGAGUCUCCUUUCAGUAUGAGUGGGAUUAAGCCAAUAGUCAACCAUGCUGGACCAAUGCGGAUUGGCAGACUUCACACAUGCAGAGAAUUAAAAAAAUUCUUAGGUAUGCAGGUUUCCUAUUACAGGUAUUUCUUAAAAUAUAAAACACAACUGAAAAGUUGAAGGUGCAUGCCCCGGACCCUGGACCCUUUGGAAUCUGAGGUAGAGGUCAUAUCCACUGGGCUAUCACAGUUCUCAUGUGAUUCAUAGGAGGAUAGUAUAUAGGUUCCUACCUUAUUCUUGGCAUUUAGUUUUUCCUUUACUGGCCUUUUCCUUUACUUUAUUUUGUCCGAUGAUUAGGGAUUCUCUUGUGUGAUUCUUCUGUAAUUAUCUGACCCAAAUACAUAUUCUCUUGUACAUACUCAAACUUAUAUCUGUCCAGUCCUUAAUCAACCUCAUCUGAGUUAAUCAUUAGUUUGUUUCUGCAGAGAGCCUACUUCUUUACUUAUACUGGCUAAAGACUGUAAUAUUAUUUGUAUUUUACUUGGGUCCUCUUCCAUCUGCUUGUGCUGUUCUUGCCUUUGCCUUGCCCAGCCGAACUUGGUAAGAUCCUACUUGAGAAGCUUUGGAUACUUACUUAUAUAGAACUUCCUGCACUUCUAGUGAGGCCAAGAUUACUGCAUAUCCUCUACCGACGACGAAGUAGAUUUGGAGAUUGCACCUCUACGACAUAAUGUUAUGGAUCAGCUGCCUAUCGAAGAAAUUAAAACGGAAAACAUAACAGAAAGUGCUGAUGUCUGGUUUGGUUCAUUGCCUUCAUCACCAAACAAAGCCUAUCCUGAAGUACCAAUCUUUAAACCAUGUAAAAGAGAUAAUGAUCAGGACAUCAACAGCGACUUGGAUGUUGAAACUUUUUCUAGUUUGAAGGAACAAAAGACACACGUCAUGGCAUCAGCAAUUGCACCCAACAGAUUUGAUCAGCAAGAGAUUCCGCUUGCUUGCAAAAAAGAGAAGGACAAGGAAGACAAGUUCACCCUGUUUGACGCCAUCUUCUGUAACCCCACCACAAAUCCCUUGGAAAUGAAUGAAGAUACGGCCGAAGAGAUAACUCAGUUGAAAGAAGAAAAUGAAGAAACACUUUUUGGAGAACUAACAUCACCAGAGAAUACUGCUGUUCCUCAAAUAAAGUUGGAUGUUGAUGGAGAAGUGGUCCUUGAUCAAGAGAGUUUGGUGAUAAACCAAGCGCAGUCCAUUCGGAUUAAUAAUAAUAGAAGAGCUAUUAGAGGACAAGAAAAAGUUAAAGUUAGAGCACGUCGUUCAGUGUGGCGCCAGGAUGAGGUCGUCCGUUUCUACCGCGCGCUCGCCGCGGUGGGGACCGACUUUACUUCGAUGACCGCACUGUUCCCGGGCAGAACGAGAAAGAUGUUGAAAGAUAAAUUUAAAAGAGAGGAAAAAAAUAAUGAAGCACAAAUAGACAAGGCUUUAUAUUCGACCGAACAGUACGACAUCCAACAGUUAAUGGAAGAGUUUGCUGCAGAACGCAAGUACGCUGCCGAGGAAAAGAUUAGACAACACCAAUUUAAUCUCAAGAUAAAAGAAGUACAACAGAAGGUACAGAAGGCACGUGGGAAUGUCAGGCUCAGUCGCGCGGCGAUUGCGUUGGAUAUACCUAAAGUAAAUAAAAAUACAAUGAACCAAUCUCUCAUGGAUGAAAUCUUAUCAUUGUAUGAAGGAAAUGUGAGUGGGGAACAAGACCCAACAGCUAUGUCUCCACAGUCAUCUGCAGAAGAUUAUAAGGGAGAAACAGCUAUGUCUCCACAGUGGUCUACAGAAGAUUACAAGGGAGAAACAGCUAUGUCUCCACAGUGGUCUACAGAAGAUUAUAAGGGAGAAAUAGCUAUGUCUUCACAGUGGUCUACAGAAGAUUAUAAGGGAGAAAUAGCUAUGUCUUCACAGUGGUCUACAGAAGAUUAUAAGGGAGAAACGAGUACAGCAAGGCUCGUAAUAAAAUCCCCCGAGAAAAUAAACAGUAUGCAGAUGGAUGCAGGAACAAGAUCUUUAGUUGGGAUGACUACGUAUGUUCCAUCAACACAGCGUACACUGACCAAUUUCUUUGGUUGCCCAAACACGAUUACUAGUCCGAAAAGUUCAGGUGAAGACAGUGAUGAGUGACUUAAUAAAGUGCAGUGCAGUGAAAGUUGUGGUACAAGCUAAGGCAGCAACCAGCUUUCGUAUUAGUAUACGUAUUUAAUAAAAUUUUAUAUGUUUUAGAUUUUAAACUAUCGUGAGUGUUAUUCAUAUUUAAUGGAUUAUGAAACACGGCUAAAACUCACGUGAUAUAAGGUCGGAGUAUGCCCAACUAGUUUCGAACCCAUACGGGGCCCUUGGUCAUGAGCUGGUUAAUGCAACGCGGCACGAUCCCAACGAUCCAACGGGCCCCGUAUGGGUUCGAAACUAGUUGAGCAUACUCCGACCUUAUAUCACGUUAGUUUUAGCCGUGUUUCAAUUAAUAUUUUAUAUGUUGUGUAAAUUAGAGUCAAGGUCAUAAUUAAUUUAUUUUAAUUACUUUUGAAACGUCAACUUUAGUCAUAAUUAAUGGUGAUAUAUUAAAGUAUAGAUUAAAAUCGGAAUAAGAUUUAGGUAUUUGUAGUCUGUACACCUCUAAAAAAAUUUUUCAGAGGUAUACAGACUACAGAGUAGCAUCAUGCGGGUGACAGUUUGUUUCACUCUUGAAAGUUUGACGCGACUCACGAUAAUAGUACGCAUUAUGAUAGUCAUAAGGCAACUGUCACCCGCACCAUGCUACAUCACACAUAGUAUAAUACACUAGACAUGUAUGUCAUAAUCGUAAUAUUUAGUAGCGCAUUUAUUAUUAGUGUAAGACGCUCAGACUAAUUACAUAAUGACCUGCCUCGCUAGACGUUACUUUUCUGUCAAAGUAUAUGAUCAAUGAUCUAAUGCUAUUAUAAAAACUGUCUCUAUAGAAUCAAUGUUUUAUAGUUGUAAUUGUCUAUGUCGGUCAAAGAGCUCCGUAAAUAUACCUUUUUGUGUAGUUGAAUUGUCUAAAAAACGGUCAACAACUUAUAGUUUAGUAUAAGAUAAAUACCUAAUCUAAGCUCGUUUUACUCAAAACAACAGAUAAUUUGGUCGUAAAUUUGGGUGUGAUACUAGUCCUUAUGUAAUUAGUCUGAGGAUAGACGCGAUGCUCGCAUCGCUUAUGUAUUGAUCUCAGCGCAAUUUGGCGUUUGACGCGGAGGUGGGUUAGGCCCCCGCAGGCCUCGCCACGCCGUACGGGUUAAGCGAUGGUCCCGCUGGUCUCUCUGACCCGAAUGGCAUACAGAGGACGCGCACUCUGUUUAGGGUUAACAUUAUAGCCACAUCGUAUACUGUGGGUUAGGACUAAAUGUAUAAUUAUUACUAAAUGUAUUAUUAUAAAUGUAUAAGUAAAUGUAAAGUUCAAUCGUAGGGUGUCUUUUAAUUAAUGGAUAAAUCGCAAAUGGUAGAUACAUAUUAUGCAAAUAGUUCAAUAUUGCAAAUAAUGCAAAUAGUUCAAUAUUGUAAUAUAUUUUGUAUAUAUAUACAAAUUUUAAUACAAAUGUUGGAAUGUGUACAGUUUAAUUUUUUUUUUUUAUAUAUUGUAAAUUCAGCACUUCAUAUACAUUUUACCAGCAAGUUUGUGACUACAAAAAGCAGACGCAAGUUUUAAACCAAUAAAUAUUGAUGAACACACAUACAUAUUUUUAAAAUGAUGGUACACUUCAGUUACAUACUUUUUUAUACAUGACUUUUUUUUAAUUUGUUUUAUUUUAAUGAAAGAAAAAUAAUCAUUGCACUAAAAGCUUUUUCUACAAAACAAUUUAAUAAAAAUAGUAUCUUAAUACAUUGGUAGUUUAAUCUGUAAUGUUUAACAGCUACAUCAUUGAAAAAACUGAUUCAAAAUAGAAAAGUUUGAAGAAACCGAAAAAAAUAUAUAAUUUGAUCACCCUAAGGAUUUUUUCAAAACUAAUCUAAUUAGUUUAGAUAAUUAGGUGGUGUAUCUACCAUUUGCAUUUUAUCCAUUAAUAUACGGGACAUCCUGUAUAUAGAUUGAUGUUUCUAUUACUUAUUAAUUUUGUGAAUAAGUGUUUGUGAUGUGUCUCAUAAUCACAUCGGUUUUAUGUGAUAUUUUUGUUCAAUUUGAUGCAAACGAAAAUUACUUCGGCUGGCGACAGGAGUAUACUCUCGGUCUUGUUUUUGUGUUAAAUGGGGAUGAUGACUAGGUUUGAAUAUAUUGAUUUUUAUGAUACAUUCCGGUAAAUAUUGACUGGAUAUUUGCAAAAUAAAUAAGAUUAUAAAAUUUUAAAAUCUAUUAAACAUCUUUUAUAGUAAUUAAAUGAAAAUUCAAACAGUUUUAGCUUCCUUACAUUUAAUGUGACAUAUUUCUAUAAACAUAAACGCACAAAUAACAAAAAUAUUAGUAAUUUUGUUUGAACGUACAUGUCUAACGAUCAUUAUGGACCUACGACCCUAGUCUCUGACCCCCAAAUUCAUGAACAUGAUUGAGAUUUUAAACCCCAAUUUUCUUCAAAGAAAAAUAGACAUAAUCACUACUGUGUAAAGUUCACUUUACCCUAAUGUUUAAAUCCUUAUUAGUGUUUAUAAAUAAGGCUGUGUGAGUACACCACUACUUCCGGUUUGAAAAUUGUAGAGUAAUUAAAUUAAUAAUGAAUUAUUUAUCCGACGUCUAAAAUAUAUCCAUAGUACAUAGUAACGCGAGAAUAAGGAUCUCUGUCUGUCUUUUUGUCACAGUUGGCUAAGCCGUUUAUAGAUGAAUUUUGGUAUAGAGAUAAAUUUUACCUUGGAACUGAACAUAGGCUAAUUUAUGUGUCAAAAAUAGAGAGGAGUGAAUAAUGUACCUUUAUUUUUGAAUUAAAUUUUAUGAAAAAUAGGGCAUAAAUUAGGAGACAAAUAUAAAAAAUAAAAAUUAUGAUAUUUUUCCUUCUGUAGGGUUCUUUUAGGAACGAUUGAAGGAUUUUUAAAAAUGAAAAUUGUUUAUUUUCAAAUUUAUACUCUGUAGAAUUGUAAUAUAUACUAUUGGUUGAUUGUCCAACUAUCUGGGACAAAAGUUCUAUUGUAAUAACUACCAUAAUUCUAGUAGGUUCCAUUUUUAUUUUUUUUAUUUUUUAGUUCGUUCGCGUCUCUUUGAAUGAAUACUAAUACUAAUACUGUGAUACUUUUUUUCUGAAAAAGUUUAAUAUGUUAAGUUUUUGUAUACCUAAUUUAGUAUGUAAGCGUCUUUCUUAAUUUUUGUUGAUUUUUUAACACUAUUUAAUAAGUUUGGUUUUUAUUUAAUAAGACUUUGGCUGUGACUAGUCUCAUCUUUCUAUCCUUAAUACAGUAUUAUAAAUACAUUUAACCGUAGUUCUUUUGAAUCUUUUUGCUGGAAAAAUGCGAUAGAUUUAAAAGUGUUUUGUUUGGUACCAUCGUAACUUUAAUUUUAAUAACACUACCUGACUUUCAAAAGUGGUUGUAAAUUAACCCAAAUUGAAAUGAAUUUGACCUUUAUCUUAACUUUUAUCCAAAUAUUUUAUUUUGUAGUUUAUUCGCAACUCUUAGAAUGAAACAGUGAUACUUUCUUUUCUCACAAAGUUUAAUAGGUUAAGAUUUUGAAUACUUAUUUUAGUAAUUACUUAGUGUCU